CGCUCAAGAUCAGGUGGUAAUUCACUGAUAGAGGCACCUCAACGCUGUUACAUAUUCAAGCAUUAUGGUUCUGGUCUCCAACUACUGGACAGCUCUUCACUGAAGAUGGCGCAGGCACUAUCAGAGGAGGAGUUCCAUCGAAUGCAGGCUCAUCUUUUAGAGCUGAGGACACAGAACUACCAACUUUCUGAUGACCUGCGGAAGAACACAGCUGAGCUCGUGGCUGUUCGUCAGAAGUCAGUGACCUUGGAGAAGGAUUACAUAAAAGCACAGAAGGCUUUGAAUAAGAGCAAGAAAGCUCAGGAGGUGGAUGCCUUACUCAGCGAGAAUGAGAUGCUGCAAGGGAAACUGCACAGCCAGGAGGACGACUUCAGACUGCAAAACAGCACCCUGAUGCAGGAGCUGUCCAAGUUAUGUACCCAGAUAGAGGUGCUAGAACAUGAAAACAAAGACCUAAAGGAUGGAAAAGUGUUUCAGGCAGAAUCCUCCAGUCCCACCUCCAGCUCUGUGGAUGGAGAGCUACUCCGUCUCCAGGCAGAGAACGCUGCCCUUCAGAAAAAGAUGACGGCCCUCCAGGAGCGCUCUGAGAGUACGAUAAAGAGCCAGAGGGGAGUAGAUGUCAGUGACACCAAUGCCUCCAAGAUGGAAGGGCCGGCUGACACUAAUGGUGUCCAGUUGCAUACUGAUGUCAGUGAGAACAUGGAGGAUGCUGCCGCCGGAACCAAUGACAGACUGGAACAGGCAGAGGCAAAGUGUGCCAAACUGGAACAGCGAGUGAAUGAGCUUAUCGGACCUGCAGUGAGGAGCACUGGUCUAGUUAUGAAACAGGAUGCUCUUAGGUGGUCAGCACUGUGUCCAAAUCCAAUAACGCAAUGCUUUGGGCCAGAGGUGGAGCUGCAGCUGCACACUGAGGUGGAGGAGAAGCGCCUACUGAAGGAGCAGCUCCAAGCACUAGAGUCAUCCAAACAGACAGAUGUCACUAAACUUCAAGAAGAGAUAGCUAAGCUCUCUGAAAAAUUGAAGAAAAAGCAAGACAGCUUUCUGCAUUUGCAAGGCGAAAAAGAAGACCUUUACAAUGACAGCAGGACCAAAAUCGACGAGAUUCAACAGAGGAAGGAGGAGGAGCUGAAGUCAAUGAACAUCCGCAUCCAGAAGUUACAGGGAGAUCUGCUGUCAGCCAACCAGAGUGUUGGUGAGAUGAAGGAACAGCUCCAGAGCCGGCAGAAGGAGCACGAGUUAGUUCUACACGCACUUAAAGAUCAGGUAGCUUGUCAGAGUGCUGUGAGUCAGGAGCAGGUGGAGAGUAUCCUGACUGAGAACGAUGCUCUCAGGACUAACCUAGCGGCUCUAGAACAGAUUCAGACAGUGAAGACUCAGGAGAUGAACCUUUUGCGUGACCAAAACACGGCUCUAAAUGUGGAGCUGCAGCAGAAACGGACGGAGCAGGAGAGCUUUCUGGCACAGAGAGAUGACCUUAACUCUCAGCUACAGGAGUCAAACCGUGCCAACAGCAGACUGUUGGAGCAGCUGACUGAAGUUGGCCAGGAGAAAGACAGGGUACAGCAAGAGCUGGAGGAGGCUAAAAAGACAGCAGACAAGCGGAAGGCCAUGCUGGACGAGCUGGCCAUCGACAUUAUCACAGAGAAGUCACGACACAAGGACGAGCUGAGCGACGUGCGUCUGCAGCAUGAGAAGGAGGUGCUGGGGGUGCGGGCGCGCUACGAGAAAGAGCUGAGGGGACUCCACGAGGACAAGAACCGCACCGAGGAGGAGAUCCGCUCACAGCUUCGAGAUGAGAAGGCUCGCAACAAGGAGUUGGAGGGUCUGCAGCAGAGUGUAGAGGAGCUGCAGGCCCAGGUCCAGUCUAUGGAGGGAACUAAGGGCUGGUUCGAACGCAGACUCAAAGAAGCUGAGGAGAGCAUGGAGGAGAGCAGGCUUGAGCACCAUGAGCAGAUGGAGAAGCUACAGAAGGAACAUUCUAUCCAACUGGAGGGAAAGGCAUCUGACAUAGAUGGUGUGAAGCUGCAUUUGACAGAGGUAGAGAAAGAGAGGGAUGUGCACAAUGAAACCAUUGGAAAACUGAAGCAGGAAAUUAAAGAUACAGUGGAUGGCCAGAGGAUCCUGGAGAAGAAGGGCAGUUCAGCACUGAAAGACUUGAAGAGGCAGCUACAGCUGGAGAGGAAGAGAGCUGAUAAACUACAGGAGCGGCUACAGGAGAUCCUCACCAACACCAAGACCAGGACAGGCCUGGAGGAGCUGGUGUUGUCAGAGAUCAGCUCUCCUAAUCGUACGCAGCAGAGGGGAGAUAGCAGCAGUGUCUCCUCCUUCAGCUAUGGGGAGAUCAUGAAGGAGGGCGCCUCUGCACAGAGCACCAACAAGUCCGCCAGCGGCAGCCCCCAGUCCCAGCGACCUGCUGACCUGUCUGAUGACGAGGUUGGGGAACUCUUCCUGAGGCUGGCUGAGGUGCAGCAAGAGAAAUGGAUGUUGGAGGAGAAGGUUAAACACCUAGAGGUCAGCUGCUCCUCCAUGGCUGAUGACAUCUGUAAGAAGAGUGCCAUCAUCGAGACCUAUGUCAUGGACAGCAGGAUAGCACAUGGUGCACAUGGUGCGGUGGCGGUGGCCAAUCACGGGGGCCAGGUGGGGGGCCAUGGACAUGGUCUGGGCUCUGUGCUCCGGGACCUGGUGAAGCCUGGGGACGAGAACUUGCGGGAGAUGAACAAGAAGCUGCAGAACAUGUUGGAGGAACAGCUGACAAAGAACAUGCAUCUACAGAAGGAUCUUGAAGUUCUGUCUCAGGAGAUUGUCCGUUUAAGUAAAGACUCAAGUUAUGGAGCUGGCUCAGCCAUGGGCUAAAAGACUGGACCCAGUCCCGCCGACCAGCACUUCUCCUUCACUCUCUCAUCACCUGUUUCUGUGGCUAAUAAGAGAACACUACACAUUCAUCCAUGCUGACUGACUGAACUUCUGGCCGGGAAUGCAGAGAAAUGGAGAGAGGGGAAGGGGGGGGUUAGUUAUUUUGCAACUGCUUUACAACUGAAUGUACUUAUUGUAACAUGUCUUGGUUCUUUCUGUAACUCUUGAGAAAAAUAGCGUAUUGUGGCCUGACUUCUAUGACAGGCUGCUCUGUCUGCUCUGUCUGCUCUCCCCCCCCUCCCACACACACACACACUGGUGUGCUCUGGAGAAUGCAACGCUGGCAGGAACCAGGAUGCCAGGAAAUCUCUAGGACAGUGCAUUACUGGUUCACAUCUUCAAGAGAUUGUUUAAUGUCGUGAAUAACAAGAGACAUUCUGCUUACUCAUUCAGAGAGGCUUAAGCUGUUGUGUUUUGCCUGUACUCGUAUUAAUUUUGCUAAACUUCAAACUCUGCAACUCUUGUUUUUUUUUUUUUUGUAUAAAUCCUGUAUAUAUGAAUAUGAAAAAUCAACUGUAGUAAUUUAUCGGUCUCGGAGUUAGAAGUAUUGCAUAUGAAGCAAAAUUAUUGUCAAAGAUUUACAUCCGGCAUAGAUUAUAGAUGCUGUGUCCAGUUGAAUAUGUCUGGGAAAAUAGCAAGUAUCCUAAAGCCAGUAGUACAGAAAUUAGACAAAAACCUCAAUAGAUUGCAUAGCCUAUCGUCUGACUAGCAUUGCGGACUGGACCAAACCACCGGUGUCUCGAAUCACUGGGUUAGAUCUCUGUGCUCUUUUAGUUUGCACCCAGCACCAGGGCUGUGACUGCAGCAGAGGAUGAGGCCUUGGCUGCUUGAGCAUCUGCUGUCAACCUGAAUAGGCUGUCCAGGAACUGGCUAGAUGCCUGCUUUGUGCCCCGCUUUCAAAUGUCACUUUGGCUGCUUUCUCUAUCCCCAAUUACCCCCCCCCCCCUCCAUGGUUAGAUUUGUGGAUGUAAUUCCGGCUUAACUCCACUUUGAUAUGUUGUUGAGAUAUGAGACUAGAGAUGCACUAAGAAACAGAGGAUUCUCUUUGAGAGGAUGAAUUAGUUUGAGAACUAAUCUCCCCCUGGCUAAGGUCUAACAGCAGUGUUGGUCGUCUGAGUGAAAGUCUUCCAUUCCCUCUGGCCAAGCUCAUCAGAAUGGUCUCUGAGUUUCACAUGGACUGGAAACUCCUCAAAAAUAAUUAUCUGGUGUCGUUACCCGGCCAUUACCGUUUUUAUAAGGUCAACUGGUCCAGUGUACUGGAGUGACGGUCCAGAUGAGGGUAGCUUGGAUCAUGUGAAGUUGGGCUCUUAGUUUGCCUUUGACUAAUUUAGCAAAUGUAUUAUUUUAAGUGAUUUCUCAACGUGACUGAUCAACAGUAGCUUGGCAGAUGAAAUGUGGGAUCGUUUAAGUGGACGUGAACGUGUGUACUGGUGUUAGCCUUUCACACUUUGAGACAAGUUUCCCUUAUUUGAGGAUGUUUUUACUUCAGACCUCAGUGAAAACUUUAGGAACAAACAGAUUGGUUCAUUGGAAGCCCCCCCCCCCCAAGUCUUAUCUCCUGUCUACAUAUCUGCCUGAAAUUAAGAAGGAUAUAAAUGCACAUCACUAGUUAAUGUCAUUUAACAUUACUUUUAUCUUUAACAUUUUUAAAUUAUCUUUUUUUUUAUAGCAGUAAUCUGUGUAGUGCUAAGUUUAUACAGUAAUGUACCAUAGGCAUGUUUGGCAGAUGUGUUCCGGAACUUUCUUUGAACACCCAGACACCCAUUGGAGACAAAAUGGACUUUGAUUCAGAUGAGUAUAUUGGGUAUAAUAGGUGAUACUGUAGAUACGUACACUCUGCACUUUUUCCAAUACAUUUAAAGAUUGUGUGCUUUAUUUAAACAAUCCUCUCCCCUUUUACUUAAAUGUUUGAAUUGCCAAACUCGGCUGCAGCAAAGUCCUCAUAACUACUAACAGAUAUAAUCAUUCAGGGUUUUAUUAAAAGGUCAAAUAUACAACCCAGCACUCGACUGCUUCCCCAGUGGACUAUUCCUUUCCUUCAGAUGUAUGCAUUUGUCAACUGUUUCUCCAGCUAAAUGAUAUUCAUGCAGUGUCAAUAAAAAUGGCUGUAAAAUGUA